UUACACCUCUUGAUUAAUCCUGACCUACCCACAAAGGCCUAUCUAUCUUCAGCUUGAGUAGCAUGUCCGAAAGCGGGGCGCUUCAUCCUUAUGUUCUUCACUUACCCUUUCCGCGUCAGUUCCAUCGCUGGUUCCACACCUCACUCGAACGGUCGCGUGUGGUACGGAGUAUGGCCUUUAUGGCUGAGUUUUUGCCUCGUUACUUCAUACUAUUCAUCCUCCGAGCAACUGAAUUUUCAGAGGAUGAGGGGAUGCUCAGUAGAAUGAGUUCGAUGCUAAUGACUGUGGGAGCAACUACCGCUUCGUUGCCGUCGGAAGCCAAUCGGCGGAGCAGUUGGGUGCCGUUCCCUGAGCCGAACGAAAAUGACCAGGAAGCGGUUGCACUACGGUAUUUACCCCCGGCGGAGAAUCGCUUCGCUUGGAGGCUGGGAAACAUUUAUGUAACCGAGUUGUCAAGUGGGCCAUCUCCGCUGGCCGGCUCAUUGGGAGAAUGGUUGGGGCAGCCAUGCCCCCACCCCCGAGUCAUGCGCACCCAUGAACUCCGGCAUGAGUGGGAGGGAAAUUCAGCGCCGAAGAAACCGGCGGCAUUCCGUCAGUCUGUUAGCUACAUUGGAACAGCAAGUGAGAGUGUCGAUAAGCAGUUGAGACGUGAGACACAUGCGAGUCACCGUCUCCGCUAUCUCGCGAAACCUUCCUUUCAUCUCUUUCUGCCUUCUUCUCUUUUCCUUCCGCACCUGCCCCUUCCUUUGGAAAUACCUGUAUACCUCUAUGGAUAAUUCCCAAGCGGGAGUAAGAGCCAGUAGGAUAGCUGCCAUCUGAGUUGAAGGGAGAGAGAUUGCGUGUAAGGAAAGCUACGGCCUCGCGAGAUAAACCUGGCCGAGACUCCACACACUAACUUCUCCGGGAA